UAAGCUGUGACGCAAAAAAAAAAAUAAACGUCACGUCACCACACAAUGUUGAAACCCUCUUCCUCUUAUUUUUUUCACUCCAUCAGUUUGUAUUACUUAGGCGUCCGAGAAUGCGAUUUUUACCUGGAACGAUGUCUGCCGUAUGUGUUUGAACAAGGUAAGCUUUGCAACCUUCAUGGAAUCCAUCAUGGAUUUUGGUGUAUUUUCCAUUUUGCUGGUGAUGACCAGCCUGGCUCUUUAUACAGCUGGGGAUGUUCCACACAUCAUUACGGAUCCACAUGUUAAUGCUUACCUGGGUGCUGAUUUCACACUGAACUGUAGGCUGAGUCCGAACAAUACCAAUGUGUCACAGGUUCAGUGGUCAUGGAGAUCAUCAGAGAAGCCUGAAGAAAUAAUUGUUGUAUUUGAGAAACAGUUUGGGACACAUUACCAGUGUCUUAAAUUCAGGGGCAGAGUAACUUUCUUCAGUCAUUCCCAGUAUCAUGUGUCCAUCCGAGUCUCAGACGUGAUGAUGAAUGACACCGGGAACUACAUCUGUCAUUACACCACCUUCCCCAGCGGCAACUUUCAAGCGACCAUUACAGUCACUGUAACAGAGCCCCCCCAAGGAGGUUCCCUUUGGAUUCUGGGAACUGUCAUGGCUGCCCUGCUGUUCACAGUGCUGCUGGCUGCCGCUGUGUAUUUCACCCUAAAACACGCCCAGAAAGCGACUGGCGCAAGAAGCCGUAAGUCACAGCCUCACCAUUUUGUUGCCACAAAUACACUUGUCGAAAAAAGUAAAUCAUUAUCAUUCUGCUUAACUCAUUCAAUUCCAGGCUCAGAUCAGACCACCAAUGAUCAAGAUCAGGAUUUAAACUAUGCAGAAAUUGGUUUCUUCAAGAAAGCAAGUGGCACGAAGGUUCCCCAGUCCAAGUCAGACGUAGAGUACGGGGAAGUGGUCUUUCCCAGCGACGCGUCGCGCGCCCAUUCCCCAUCAGGCCGACCGAAUGCGCACAGCGACACGACUUACGCUGAAGUCAAAAGGGCCUAACCACUCAGGACUAUGCUAAGAAUGUCUUUCAAUGAGCUAAGAAGUUUAAAUUUGAGGGGACCCUGUCAGCACCCCUGUGAGCUGUAGCAGGAAAGUGAAAUGCCACAUCAUUCGGAGGCGAGCGUAGAGAAGUCCUGCCAGGCAUGUACUGCUUGGGGUGGGGCGUUGGGGGAUGUAACUCAAUCUGACAGUUCUUUACACAUAACAUUGGCCCAUUAAGUACUGUAAAGUGUUCUAUUAACUGUUAGAUGUUGCUGUUGUUCAAUUGUGCCCCUAUGGCUGAUUGACAGGGUCUUGUUUCCUGCUAUAUGUUUCCUGGUUCGCCCUGCGUGUGGUAUGAUAAAACCAGUGAAUAAAUGCUGUGCAGAACAGA